AUGUUUGUCUCCAAAGGAGGAGACUGUGCAGUGAGAGUGCAGUCUCUUGCUUCUCUGCAGGGCCUGUACGGGGCCCCCCCCGCUGCUGCUGCUGCUGCUGCUGCUGCUGCUGCGGGGGGGGCCCCCGGGGAGACAGGGGGCCUCUACACGCACUACUCCUCCGUGGGGAGCGGCAGCAGUCUCUCUGUGUCUCUUUCUCUUUCUAGAGACAGAGAAGGAGACA